CUAGCUGAAACUGCAUGAAGGAGUUCAAAAUAAACAAAUUGACACAACAGGUAAGUCGACAAACUUUUAUUCACGUUUUUCCAAAUAAAAUACGGCAUAUAUUCUAAAUCCCCAUACGUACUCUUAUAAAUGUAGUGAGCUUGGGUUGCCUGUGUUUUGGGUUUUCUCUUCGUAUUGUUGAGAGAAGACUGGUGACUAGACCAGUGGAUAAGAUCUUCGUUGCCAUGACUACUUGAAGAACACAGCAUCACAAAAUGGCGACCUUCGUGGAGUUGAUGGGACGAAGACGAGAUAUAGUGAAUAAACUGUUCGAAGAUUGCAGUGAGGCUGAAGAUCAAAGGACCCGUGAAUAUGAAGCUGCCGUACGUAUUCAGAGUUGGUUUAGAGCUGUUCGAGUCAGGGCAUACAUCAGGUUUUUAAAUUCUUGUGCAAGAACCAUUCAAAAGCACUUUAGAGGUUUCAAGGGAAGAGAGAUUUAUAGACACCUUGUCAAAGAGCAUGUAGCUCGAAUGAGGAUCAAGUACUAUAAUUCACAAGCUACAAAGAUUCAAAAAGUGUGGAGAGGAUACUACACAAGAAAAUAUAUUCAUAAUUUCUAUAGUAGAAAGGCUUUCCUUGAGGGACUGGCUGUUAAAAAUGAACUAGUAAGAAAGGAACUCAAUGAACUUGCCCUUUCUACAUCUAAAGAGAUGGAACUGAAAGCACAAAUGAAACACAAGGCUGCAAGAGAGUUAGAAGCCGAAAAAACCCAUUUCCUAAUCAGUACGCAUCAAAUUCCAGGAAUAUAUUACUCCCCCAUUACAGGACCAUCCCAAAAAGAAUUGGAACUCCGAGAAGUACGUCCUCUGACUCCAAAAACUCGCGGUGUCUUGAGUGCUAGACUACGUACAAAAAAAUUUGAAACUUUUGAUGACCGUGAAAGUGUUAGUGCUCAAGAAAGCAUGAAAUAUAAAGUUCUCCCACCAAUCAAUGCUGAUAAAGUUCAGGGACCUUUCCGUAACCCCAAUGAAGUGUGGAAGCAGCGCCAUAAGUCACUAAAUCCCAGUCUUCGAGUAGCAACCUCGUAUGAUUCUGCAGAACAGACCAGAAUGGAAAUGAAAGCCAAAGAAUGGGUAACAAGAGUCAUCGAUGAUAAAUUCGUACCAUUCACCCAUAGACAACGCCCGUAUGAUCCUCUUCUACACACAACCUCGGCUUAUGGAAGCUUGCCGUACGGUACCAAACACUUUAGAGAAGAGAGCAAACAGAGGCACAUUUCGAGCCAGCGCUUCGAGUCUGUCGUAUCGCCUAUUCCAAUCUUUGAGCAGUUUGGCAAGACAUAUUAAAGUACGAACCAUUGAAGAAUUCUUUGUACAUAGAGAGAUGAAGUUUAUACAAAAAGUAAGGAAACAGCAACUCGACACAAAAUCACUUUUUUGGAAUUUGUAAAUAUUGUAUGUGUAUAUGUGUCCUCGUUUUGAGUUGCUCAAGAUGUCUUUGCAUCAAUAAACAAGAUCCUAGAACUCAA